AUGGCUUCCAAUUCUGCAAUCUUGGCACCGAUCCUGAGCUCAUGGACUCGCUGCAACUUCGAUCUGACAGUGCCCACUACCAUAAAGGACUCCACGCAUUCGCAAGCCGAUGACGAGGACGUCGAACAGGCCAUGCCUGAGGAUGAUCCGGGAGAAACACUCAGUCAAUAUGAACCAACCAGCAACGAAACUCGUGGUACUAAAUUCAAGAAGCAGCAGCGUGCGGGUAAGAAACGCGAGCGCAACUCCACGAGCAAGACGCAGCCACACAAGAGUGCGCGCCUCGGCAUCCGCAGCCGCAAGGCUGUCCCUAAGCCAGCAGCCAAGCCCACAUAUGACGAGGAUGAAGACGACGAGGAAGACUUAGUCCUACCACCAGAACAACAAAGUAAGCGCCUGCAAAGUCUACAGACGGGAUUCGGUGCUCCGAGAAAGUCUGCGCCUCAGGGUGGAGAACGAAGGGUACCGCAAGAUUCCAUCUUCCGCACCGGACGUGGAUCGCGGUCACUGCUGUCGCAGGCUCGGGUGAUAAUUGACAUCUCUGACGAUGAUGACACGGACGGCAGAGCGACGCCGGAACAUUGUGAUGAUCCGGGCACAUUCGAGGAUGGCGAUACAAGUAUGGAUCUGAAGAACGAGCAUGACGAGAGCAGGGCGGACAGGGGUUUGUUGAGCGACGAUCGUUCAAGGUUGCCAGUCUCUGAUCUCACUAGUGCUUCACGCCCUUACCGAGGCAGACAGCAGGUUGAUCGAGACCAGUACGGCUCGACGAGGUCUCUCUCGGGGGCUAAUGUAACCAGCGCUCAGCGGGCCAACUCGAGGAUCCAAGGCGAUAGCGCCAUAGCCGCAGGCAGAGAUAUAAAGCGCGAGUAUGCUGAUGCAUCGCAGCCGCCAAGACUGCCGACUCCAGCAGGUUCGUCGCAACCGCCGAUACAGCGUACUUUGACAGAUGUAGGGUACGGACAAAAAGACGAGCAAUCCGAUAGCGACAAUGAAGUCUUUCGCCAGCUUCAAGAGAUCCGGCUGGUCGGCAAAUUAAAACGCAGAGGUCGACUAGAUUGUACAAUGCAUAGUGUAUUACAUGAUCAUAUAUACCGCGCCUCCCAUCUUGCACUACCAUGCCUUGCUUCAAGUUUGCUCUAA